AUGCCUGUUCGCAGGGGGCAUGUGGCACCACAAAACACAUUUUUGGGGACCAUCAUACGGAAAUUUGAAGGGCAAAAUAAAAAAUUCAUUAUUGCAAAUGCCAGAGUGCAGAACUGUGCCAUCAUCUACUGCAACGAUGGAUUCUGCGAGAUGACCGGUUUCUCCAGGCCAGAUGUCAUGCAGAAGCCUUGCACCUGUGACUUUCUCCAUGGGCCUGAGACCAAGAGGCAUGAUAUUGCCCAAAUUGCCCAAGCAUUGCUCGGAUCAGAGGAGAGAAAAGUGGAGGUUACCUACUAUCACAAAAACGGGUCUACUUUCAUUUGUAAUACUCACAUAAUUCCAGUGAAAAACCAAGAGGGUGUGGCUAUGAUGUUCAUCAUUAACUUUGAAUAUGUGACGGAUGAAGAAAAUGCUGCCUCCCCAGAGAGAGUAAACCCAAUAUUACCAGUCAGAACUAUAAACCGCAAACUUUUUGGGUUGAAGUUUCCUGGGCUGAGAGUUCUCACCUAUAGAAAACAGUCCUUACCACAAGAAGACCCUGAUAUGGUAGUAAUCGAUUCAUCUAAACACAGUGAUGAUUCCGUAGCCAUGAAGCAUUUUAAGUCUCCUACAAAAGAAAGCUGCAGCCCCUCUGAAGCAGAUGAUACAAAAGCCUUGAUACAGCCCAGCAAGUGUUCUCCGUUGGUGAAUAUAUCUGGACCUCUUGACCAUUCCUCUCCCAAAAGGCAAUGGGACCAACUCUACCCUGACAUGCUGCAGUCCAGUUCCCAACUGACCCAUUCUAGAUCCAGGGAAAGCAUUUGUAGUAUACGGAGAGCAUCUUCAGUGCAUGACAUAGAAGGAUUCAAUGUCCACCCCAAAACCAUAUUUAGAGACCGGCAUGCCAGCGAAGACAAUGGUCGCAAUGUCAAAGGACCAUUUAAUCACAUCAAGUCAAGCCUCCUGGGAUCCACAUCGGAUUCAAACCUCAACAAAUACAGCACCAUUAAUAAGAUUCCACAGCUUACUCUGAACUUUUCAGAUGUCAAAACAGAAAAAAAGAAUACAUCCCCUCCUUCUUCAGAUAAAACCAUUAUUGCACCCAAAGUUAAAGAUCGAACACACAAUGUGACGGAGAAAGUUACCCAGGUUCUCUCUUUAGGAGCAGAUGUCCUGCCAGAAUAUAAACUACAGACGCCACGCAUCAACAAGUUUACGAUAUUGCACUACAGCCCUUUCAAGGCAGUCUGGGAUUGGCUUAUUCUGCUAUUGGUCAUAUACACUGCUAUAUUCACCCCCUAUUCUGCAGCUUUUCUCCUCAAUGACAGAGAAGAACAGAAAAGACGAGAAUGUGGCUAUUCAUGUAGCCCUUUGAAUGUGGUAGACUUGAUUGUAGAUAUUAUGUUUAUCAUAGAUAUUCUAAUAAACUUCAGAACAACAUAUGUAAAUCAGAACGAAGAAGUGGUAAGUGAUCCGACCAAAAUAGCAAUACACUACUUCAAAGGCUGGUUCCUGAUUGACAUGGUUGCUGCAAUUCCCUUUGACUUGCUGAUAUUUGGAUCAGGUUCUGAUGAGACAACAACAUUAAUUGGUCUUUUGAAGACAGCUAGACUCCUCCGUCUUGUACGAGUGGCCAGGAAACUUGAUCGGUAUUCGGAAUAUGGCGCUGCAGUCCUAAUGCUCUUAAUGUGCAUAUUUGCCCUGAUUGCCCACUGGCUGGCUUGCAUUUGGUAUGCGAUUGGCAAUGUGGAAAGACCAUACCUGACUAACAAAAUUGGAUGGUUGGAUUCCCUAGGACUACAAAUCGGGAAAUGUUACAAUGACAGUGACUCGAGUUCUGGACCAUCCAUAAAAGACAAAUAUGUCACAGCACUGUAUUUUACAUUCAGCAGUUUAACCAGCGUAGGAUUUGGGAAUGUGUCUCCUAACACCAAUUCGGAGAAAAUCUUUUCAAUUUGUGUCAUGUUGAUUGGCUCACUAAUGUAUGCAAGCAUCUUUGGGAAUGUAUCUGCAAUUAUCCAAAGACUAUAUUCUGGAACAGCCAGAUACCAUAUGCAGAUGCUGCGAGUAAAAGAAUUCAUUCGCUUUCACCAAAUUCCCAACCCUCUGAGACAACGGCUUGAAGAAUAUUUCCAGCAUGCAUGGACAUACACAAAUGGCAUCGACAUGAACAUGAAAUCUAAUUUGAUGAACAGGUUACGAAAGGAUCCUAAACCAAGUUUGGACCUUAGUUCUUUUGCAAGGACUAGGGUUGGAAAGAAAGGAAGGGAAACGUGCAGGAAAGAGGGUUCUUUUUCAUUGCUUAAGGAAACUUUACUUGUAACAAUUUUAGGAAAAAAUGAUAUAUUUGGAGAAAUGGUUCACCUUUAUGCCAAACCUGGAAAGUCUAAUGCAGAUGUAAGAGCUCUCACAUAUUGUGACUUGCAUAAGAUCCAACGCGAAGACUUGUUAGAGGUUUUGGAUAUGUAUCCUGAGUUUUCUGAUCACUUUCUAACAAACCUAGAGUUGACUUUCAACCUAAGACAUGAGAGUGCAAAGGCUGAUAUGUUACUACGAUCACAAUCCAUGAAUGAUUCUGAAGGAGAGAAUUGUAAACUACGAAGGAGAAAAUUAUCAUUUGAAAGUGAAGGAGAGAAAGAAAACAGCACAAAUGAUCCUGAAGUUUCUAUAGAUACCAUAAGACAUUAUCAGAGUUCCAAGAAACAAUUUGAAGAGAAAAAAAGCAGAUCGUCAUCUUUCAUCUCCUCCGUUGAUGAUGAACAAAAGCCACUCUUCUCAGGAAUAGUAGAUUCUCCUCUGGGAACAGGGAAAGCAACUGGACUCAAUUAUGAAGAAACAGUGCCCACCUCAGGAAGAAGCCACAUAGACAAAAGAAGCCAUUCUUGCAAAGAUAUCACUGACACUCGAAGCUGGGAACGCGAAAAUAUCCGGACUCAGCCCGAUGAGUCUAGUCCCUCAGCACUGCAGCAAGGCGCCUGGGGGAUAUCCGAAACUGAAAGUGACCUUACAUACGGGGAAGUAGAGCAAAGACUAGAUUUGCUUCAAGAACAACUUAACAGACUUGAAUCCCAAAUGACUACUGACAUCCAGACCAUCUUACAGUUGCUGCAGAAACAAACCACCGUGGUCCCCCCAGCCUACAGUAUGGUUACAGCAGGAGCCGAGUAUCAGAGGCCCAUCAUCCGCCUGGUGAGAGCCAGUCAUCCUGGAGCAUCCAUUAAAACGGAUAGAAGCUUCAGUCCUUCCUCACAAUGUCCUGAAUUCCUAGACCUUGAAAAAUCUAAACUUAAAUCCAAAGAAUUCCUCUCAAGAGGGAUGCAUCUGAUCACAGCUUCAGAGGACAACUUGACAUCACUUUUAAAACAAGACAGUGAUCUCUCUUUAGAGCUCCAUCCAAGGCAAAGGAAAGCUUACCUUCACCCAGUAAGGCAUCCUUCUUUGCCAGAAUCAUCCCUAAGCACUACUGGAAUCGUGGGUCUUCAUAGGCAUGUUUCUGAUCCUGGUCUUCCAGGGAAAUAA